AUGGCAUGGAUCACGCGUUUCGACGAUUUAUCCGAUCUUUGCUUCAUCGAAUUGUUUCAUUACUUGACUUCAUUUGAUAUUCUUUGGUCAUUGAUCAAUUUAAAUAAUCGUAUUCAACAAUUAAUUUAUGAGCGAGGUUUCUUUCGUCAUAUUGAUUUAUCGUCAGCGUCUUUAUACAAGUUCGAUAAGAUUCUUACACGUCUUCCAUUACCUGAAAUUCAAACACUCGUCAUUAAUGUUGAAGCGUCGCCUCUUCAACUUUCCCACUUUCCUUACUUACCUCAUUUGACUACGUUAAGGAUAUAUGGGUUACGUGAACUAAAACAUGCCAACACUUUUAUCCUCAGACAUUCACAUUCACUUGAACGUCUUACGCUACAAACAAACGGUAUAUUUCAACCUUUUAGUUUCUCUGGUCGUGUUUUCCACCCGACUCUACGUCUCGAAGCAUUCAUGGAAAAUGUUCUACCACAAUUAAAUGCACUACGUUCACUGGAUUUAGGACUAAACAUUGGCAUGGGUCUGCCAUUAUGGCAUCCAACAAUUGAAAAUGCAUUGAAUUAUCUCUGUAUACCUUUACAACACGCCAUGAUAAUUUUUAUUCAAUCGAUAUACACCGACAACGGAAUUAAAUGGUCAGAUAUUGAAUAUUUAACAUCUCAAAAUGUAAUGCCUGUACUUCGACAAAUGAAAUUCAUUCUUUUCAUCACUGCUGCCGAUUUAGACUCUAUUAAUAGAUCAACACUCUUUACUGAUGAUCGUCAAAUUGAUAUUCAAUUUGCAUUCAUUAUGGAUGAGAAUUCUUUUGCUAGUCAACUAAAUGAAAAUGUACCAAAUGGAAGUCGUUUUCAUCGUCGACAGACAGUUGGUAUCACAUGUACGAAACGUGUGCUAACACGUGAAUGGCAACAUUUAACAGACCUCGAUUGCUAUUUCGAUCGUUCUCCGUCGAUCUUUCAUAUAAGGUACACUUUGCCAUGGGCAUUUGAUCGAUUUUUUGCAUUGAGUGAACCAUUUGUAUAUAUAACCAAAGUAGAAACACUUGUCCCAUCACAAUGCAUUUCAUCAAUCUUUUACUCAUCUCAACUUCGUACACUUUCUAUGGCACAAAAGGAUUCAUUACCAUCAAUUGUUUCAAUGCCUCAUGUUGUUCAAUUCGAUCGUAUUAAUACAAUUUAUUUAUCAUUUCAUGCUUGGCCGAGUGGUUUAAACUUUCCGAAUCUUCAUCAUCUUAUCUUA